UUUAGAAUUGAAGUCUGUGUUUUUCUCUGAAUCAACAUAAUGUCGAGUCAGAUGUCUGCGAUGCGAUUCGCUGACUAUUUUGUUGUGUGUGGCCUGGAUACAACCACGGGUUUAGAACCAGAUCAGUUGUCAGGAGAUAACUUGCAGUGUCCACCACUUGACCGUCCAUUUAAAUCAAAAGUAUUACAACACGUUCCAGACAAUGUUCCGUGGAAUCCUUUCGAUAAUGCAGCAGUAGGAAUGCUUUGCAUGCCACAAGGCCUCGGUUUUUGCACUCAGAGAGAAUCAAAACGAGCAAAAUUUCACUCAUUCUUGAUAACUAAAGAAGAUGGAUCUCGAGUAUUUGGAUCAGCCUUGACCUUUUAUGAAGAGGUCAGGGACAGAAAGAUAUGUGCUGCCAUGCAGACCCUUCAACACAUGUAUCGAGCACAACCAGAAGAAGAAGUUGAGGAUGAGAACCAGCCAACUCUACAACUACGGCACAGUCCAAAAGUCACUAAACGAUCUAGUCCCAGACAGAGCAUCAAAGUCUUUGAUUCACAAACUGACACGCUUUUUGUAACCAAGUGUCUUUGUCUCAUCACCCAGUAUCCAUUUGUUACAGCCCCAAGGGAAUAUCUAAAACAGCUAUAUGAAGCAAUAGAGAAACCGUCUAAGUCACAUCUGCCAUUGGAGAGUUAUAUUUAUAACAUUCUCUCUGAGGUCCCUCUUCCACCCCCAGGGCGGAGCAUGAAGUUUUAUGGUGUCUCAAGAGCUGUGUUUACCCAGAGACCAAGUGUGAGUGAGCUCCCUUUGUUUGACUUCUCUCUGUGGGACCUGUGUCGAUACCUAGAGGUUAAAGAUCUCAUUCUUCUUUUUACCAGCGUCCUCCUAGAACAUCAAAUUCUUCUGUAUUCAUCUGACUAUCAUAGACUUAUGACAGUGGCAGAGUGUAUCAAUGUAUUGACCUUCCCAUUCACCUGGCAACAUGUCUAUGUCCCUAUAUUGCCUGCCUCUCUGACUCACUUUUUGGAUGCCCCUGUACCAUUCAUCAUGGGAUUACAUCAUGGCAGAGAAAAGAGAUCAGAGCUUGCUCUGCCAAGUGAGGCUAAUAUGUGUUUUGUGGACAUUGAUGAGAAGACUGUAGAUGUACCAGAAGAUUUACCUCCCUUUCCACACCACCAGGAACUGAAAGAGGAACUUGUAAGGGCAAUCAAUCUGUACAAAGUUUCUCUGGGUAGAGAUAGCAGCAAAACCCCCAGUCCCAAAAAGACUAGCAGCAACAAAGAGGAAACCUCCAUAUCCCGCAACGAAAGCUGGGCUGACAUGCCAGAAAAGAUGGAAAUUUUAAAACAGAGUGAAGCAUUUGCAAAAAUAUCAGCCAUUGCAAAGAAAACUGGUGUGUGGACUUCCAUCGAAGAAUUUUCUGACAAGUCCGAAAAAGAAAAAGAUGUAGAAGUGAAAGAUUCCUCUUCUAUGGGUCAGAGACAGAUCGACCAUUUGAAGUUCAACAACAUGAUUCGAGAGAUAUUUCUCAAUCAUUUCCUUCAUUUAUUUAGCUCAUAUGAGAAAUUUGUCAUCCAACCAACUCAAGACAUGGACUCAUGGCUGACAAACCGAGAAACCAUGCAGAAUUUUGAUAAGGCUGCCUUCUUAAGUGACCAGCCAGAGGGUUACCUCCCUUUUAUGUCCUCGUUUACGGAGACCCAGAUGUUUGCCACACUCAUAGAUAACAAGAUUUUAUCUCACUUUGAGGAGACGGAGCCAGGCUUACGAGUGUUUGAUUCAAGGUUAAAGAUCCUCAGGGAAAGACUAGGAGAGCACAUAACGCACACAUAUGGUCCUUGUACUACAGUUGAAGAUACAGAAAACAUGCUGGAGAAGAGAGUGGUAUACAUCGAUGUUGUCUCCCCGAAGCCUCACACCCUGGAAAACCUCACUAGUCCAGCCACCAUUGAAAUGGGGUUCUUCCCCGAGAUUCAAAAAGAUGUCAUGAAUGUCCAGAUAAGUCAACAGUCAAUAAAAAGAGAAGGUGCCAUGUUGAGAAAAAGGGACAAAGCUUUUCAACAUUCUGAACACAUACAGCUGACCUCGGAACAGAGAGAGAAGUACAUCCAAGAUGCCAGACUGAAGCAUGUAAGACAGCCCAAACUAACAGACAUGUCCGGUGCUGGAAUGAUGCAGACAAACUGGAAAUUUGUUGAGACACUGCUCCAGGAAAUCAAAAACAAGACAAAGCGUAUGCUGGUGGAGAAAAUGGGACAUGAAGCAAUAGAAUUGGGUCACGGGGAUGCCAACAUUAAUGGUGUGGAGGAGAACACCAUGAUUGCUAGUCUUUGUGAUAUGUUGGAGAGAAUCUGGUCUCAUGGCCUGCAGUCAAAAAAGGGAAAAUCUGCACUUUGGUCACACCUGUUAAGUUACCUAGAACUCCAAGACUGUAACUAUGGAAACCAGUGCCUGGACAGCAAUAGAUUGGCACCACCAGUCCCACGUAUACCUAUACGUAAGAGAACAAGAGUAGACUUAACGUCCAUUAGGUCGUUGUACUUUUGUCUGUGCAGCAAUCUCACUAUGAUGUCCCUGAGUCCAGAAGGCAUACAGGACCAGCCUAGUCAUGUAAAGACACAUCGUCGUAAAGGAAGCACGGGGAGGAUAGAGUUACCAACACUCAAUCCAUUACCAAACUCUCUGGCUUAUGACAUGAGAAAAGUCCAACAAAUGGUGGAUAUCCGAACAGAUGUUGGACAUGCUCGAGCUUGGGUCAGACUUGCUCUUGAGAAAAAGAUGCUGGCAUCUCAUCUCAGAGAGCUUUUAUCUGAUGCAGAUUUACUCAGGAACUUGUACAAGAGGUAUGCCUUCCUGAGAUGUGAGGAUGAAAGAGAACAGUUUUUGUUUCAUCUUCUUUCUCUGAAUGCUGUAGAUUACUUCUCAUAUACCAAUUCUUUUCUCAACACAGUUGUGCCAUACAAAGUGCUAAUCUUUCCUAGUCCUAAAUUUGGUUGUUCUACUACCAGUGCUAAUCCAUGGAUCAGCUUUGCUGGCCAGCACGGAGAGACAGGGGUUGUAGAAAUCCCAAAAGGUUGUCUGGAGUUUAAUGUGGAGCAUAAGAACUUAGGGAUAUUGACAACUCUCCGUAUUGGACAUGACAACUCUGGUCUCACCCCACGCUGGCUUGUGGAAUAUGUUCUAGUCAGAAAUGAGUUAACAGGGCAUCUCUAUAAAUUCCAGUGUGGAAGAUGGCUGGGUAAAAUGGUGGAUGAUGGCAGUACAGAAAGGUUAUUAGUGGCCCAGCUUCUUCCUCAACACUCAGAUACUUAUGAUUUAGAUUUAGCAGUUGCUUCUUCACCUACAAAUAAAGGAAUUUCUCCUAAUUCACCCAAGAGGUCACCUGAUCAAGGAUCCUUAAGAAUUCCAGAAAUUCAGGAGAGACUCGGGCAUGCUGUCAAUAAUCUAGUCAAACACUUCUAUAAACCAGAGAAAGAGAGAGGGAAUUUAACUUACUUAUUGUGUGGGGACCAGGGCCUGGUUCAUUGUUUGGAGUUGGUGUUCCAGUAUGGAUUCAGGUCAUCAAGACUCUUUAGAAACAAGUUCUUCAUCUGGGACUACCUUGAAAAGGUAAAGCAGCAUUUUGAGAGUGUCCUGACCGGUGAAGUCCGACAAGCCAUCACAGACGGAGCUAAAGCAGGCUACUGGAUUUACUGUAACUUCCUCAGUAAAAUCAACAAUGCCACAGAGUCUGUAGGCAAGGACGGAAAAUUUCAGAUAUUUGUCUGUGUCGGUAUAAGGGAUCAUCUGUUGCAGAAAUUACUUCCCCUGAUAGCUAAUACCCCAGUGACUGCCCAGAUGUACGAGGAGAAUUCCUUUCUGAGGAAUUACAGCCACAUUAACUACUUAGUGCACAUACUCAGUACACUGGAGGAAUUCCAGAUCACCUUAGAGUCCUCCCUUCUUCGUGGAUUAGAUAUAUGAGAAAGUUCUUGGAUUAGAUAUAUGAGAAAGGAAAGGGGUGUUAAUUUAAAAAAAACAGUUUUACCCACCAAUAUUUAUACAUGGUAUAUUCCAAUUAGUAUUGAAUUCCCAUUAGUUUCUAUUUAGGUUCUUUGAUAGCAAAACCUGUGAUUGUUUUAUUUUUUUCCCUUGUGUAAUUUGUUCACCUAUUAUGAUUUUGUUUUCUUUUUUGUUACAGCUCAAAUAGAACUAAGCAUGACUACAUUUACCAGUUUACUUUGUCAUAUAUUUUUUCAUUCUUAGCCAUAUAUAGAUUUUAUAUUUUCACUGUGAAGGUUUAUGCACGAAGUUGGUUUACAUGUAAUUAUUUAUUAGUAGAUAUUGAUUCCCAAGUAAGAUGGUUCUUUAAUUGCACAUCUGAGUGAUAGAUGUUAGCUCCACCAAAACAGAAUCAUUCACAACACUAUAGAUAUAUUUUAUGUUUACAUGUAAUUAGCAACAUGCAUAAGUUUCAUGUUAAUGGUAUUUAGAACUUGCAAUACCACUGUCUCAGAUUUUUAUUCCUUGGUGCAAAAUUACAUGUAAAAGCCAAUUUACUAGAAAGCUUACUGAAUAUUUUCAGGUCUAAGCAGUUUCAGACCUUAUCUAAGAAAUUUCAUUGUAUUGGGCAUUUGUUUACCGAGUACACAACCUUUACUCUCAAUAGAUUUUUUUUUUUUUUUUUUUUUUUUUUUUUUUGCAUAAUGCUGUUAUCACAGCAUGGCUAAUGGAAGACAGUUGAAGUUUGAAUAAUUUUUCAUGUACUUCUACAGAUGCAACAAAUGAAAUGUUGUGGUUUCAUCAAUUUUUCUUGGGAUCAAAUUUUGUGCUCUUGGCAAAAACAACAAAAAAAUUAAUUGAUAUGCAGAUCUGUGGACAAUUAUAUCAAUACAUGUAGUAAAAUUUGUAGUAUCCUCAAUUCUCAUUAUAUCGCGGGUUCCAUUGUAUCGCGGUAUUUUCCAAAAAUUAGGAUACAUCACUAACAUCCUUUUUGUUGAUGGACUAUCUGUCUGUCGUCUGAAUGUUGACUUUUGUGAUGAUUAAAAAGUAUGGAACACCCGUUGGAAAAAUAUUUAUUCAAAUAAAACGAAAUUUUACAGAUCUCCAUUCCCGUUUUUAUUUUAUUUAGACCAUUGAAUAUAUAACUAAGUAAAAUCCAUAAUAAAAUUCAUAUUUUGAAAACCUUAAGUUUGUAUCAUACUUAAGUUUUCAUGUAGAUUUACAUCAUAAAUUAAAAAAAUAAAAAUUGUACUUCGUGACCGUGCCAAACCUCCAUGUUUUCAAUACCGCGAUACAAUGAGACUCUCCUCUUUUGGAGGUAAGUAAGACUUCCUGUUAUAAAAAUAGACUACAAAGUAAACGAAGAAAGCUUAGAAAAUAAUUAGCCACUAAAAAGUUAGGCCAUUAAUAGGUUUAUGAAAAGUAUUUGGUGAAAAGUUAAUGUAAGAAUUUGGAAUAACUUUUUUAUGCAAAAGAAAUGAGUACUGCGAUAUGAUGAGACACCAGUAUACAUUGCUUAUCGAAUUUUGUGGUCAGGUCAACAAUGUACAUGAAAAUUGGUGUUCAAUGAAAAAAGAUGAAACCUCAGUAAUAUUGCAACAGUUUAUUGUUAAUGCAGUCUGACUGUUAUUCAAAUAUUAUACAUUGUAUUUGUUCUUAUUUUAGUAGAAUUUGUAUUUCAUAUCCCCCCUUUGUAAUACUCUAUCUCCAGUUUGAAUAAAAUGUUCUAGCUUAGAAUGAUAAAAACACAAGGCAAAGAAGUUAUUUUACAGAUUGCAUGGUUAUGAGAGAGAAAAGAUUUUUGAAUAAAAAGUGAACAGUAUACAAGAUCUGUAAAAUAUGUUUUAAAGUAAUUGGUGCAUUUGUUAAGUUACAAGCCAUAAAAUUGGGGAGGGGGGGGGGGUCACACCUGUAUACAUUGUACCAUAGUUUUGUUCAAUAUUUCCAGUAUUACAUCUCUCUGAUUUUUUUUAGAUAUCCAUUUAUCAGAGGGUGUGCAAUAUAUUAUUUUACAUGAUUUUUUUUAAUGAAAAUAACUUAAAUUCUUGAGGGUAAGAAGUUCAAGAUUAGAAAAAGAAUUAAUCUUCAUUUGAUUUUUGAUGUAACUCCAUCCUGUACAAAAUAUGUUUGAAUUUUUUCAAGAAAAAAAAUAAGGAUAGAUGUAUUCAUGUAACCAAUACUCAGAUUUUUGCAAUAGUAUAUCCAUAAACUUUGUGAUUCUUGAUUAAUGUAAUCCUAUAUGUUCAUUUUGUAAUGACAGAAUGAAUUAAACACUCCUUACAAUCUUGACAGAAAAUUUCAUUAAAUUUCACAAAUAAGUAGCAGAGAAAAUUGAGAGGUUGUAGUUUUUAUUGGAUGGUUGAUACAGCUGGGUUUGUUCUUUCUCAAUGUGCCAAUUCCAUUUUUAUUUCUAGAUAUGUUAUUUCUUGUGAUUAUAAUAACACAAGUUAAUUAUAAUACAUGUAUAUUGUCCCAGGUCUCGGAAUCAUGUUUGGUAAUUUUUUUUUUGCAAUAUAUAUAUAUGUCUAGCUACUUCUAAUAAGUUGCCAAUGUUGAAUUUUUAAGAUCUUGUAAUUAAAAUUUACAAAGAAACUGACUUUUUAAAUACCUUAAAGAUGUAUACUGAAUUAUGUUUUAUGUGUUAAUCACCUUGUUAUAUGCAAAAGUUUAUUAACACUUUUAAUCUGGUUGGCUAUAAAUCUCACUAAAUUGCACCUGUGUGCAAAUUGAAAUUUGUUAAAAUUAGGCUAAUAAUCUACAUGUUAUUUAUUGUGACAUAAGUCCGUAAAUAUUAUUUGAAAUUUAACAUCAAAUGGAAGGCUGAUGUACUUUGAAUUUUUUGAAUACUCUCUGAAGGAGGUAGAAUUUGAUAUUUUAAGUCUAAGGGAGUUUUCUUCCUGGUUAAUGCCUGCAAUUUAACUCUUUAAAAGUGUGUGUCUGUGUUUCAAAAGAAACAUUUAAUAAGUAGACCAUCUAUGAUUACUAGUAUUAUCUUUUUAAUACAUUUCCAACCAAGUUUCUGAUGCAACCUACUGAACAUACUAGUUCUUCCCUUGCAACAAAAAGUGGAAGGCAUAUUUAUGGGAUCAGUAGGAUUUUCUGUUGUAAUAUGAGAGAUACUAUGUGUUAACAGAAAGUACGUUCAAAAUAUAGAUAUUACGAUCUCCAUUAUCUACAGCAUGUGUUUUUGAAGUUAUUUGAUAGAAGUCGUAUGUAUACUAUUGUAGUAUUGAUUUACUUUUUUGUUUUAUGAAAAUACGAUUGUCAUUUUGUUAUCUUAUUCCUAUACUAGCAAUAGAGGUUUGCAAAAUCCUUAUUAUUUUCUUUUUGCAGUGGAUCCAUCUUAAAUUUAUAGAUGUUCUAUCUGGAUAAUGUUAAUGAAUAAUAAAUGUUGAAAUUC